AUGCGACAGGUGACGGGGUUCCGAGGCCACCAGGGUCUCAAGUACGUCCAGAAGAUCGCGGAGAAGUACCUGACGGCCGCCCGGAAGCUGGCGCGACUGGAGGAAGUGAAAGCGGAACUGGUCCAGAGCUUCAUCGUCCCCGAGAAGAGGAAGGAGAAUCCUUGCCACGCCCGCAUCCUCGAGGACAUCACGGCCGACGUCCUCCGGCGCCGCAAGAAAUGA